AUGGAGGAAGAGAAUGUCAACUAUGGCACCCCUGCCAAUGGUGCAUCUCCUGGAAGCAAUCCAAUUCUUGCCCAACCGCCUCUGGCUGAUGUGAAUUCUGGUGAAGAUGUACAAAUGGGUGAGGGCUCUUCCAAUGAGCCAGCCAUCAAACAAGACAGCACAACCCCUGCGCCCGCCCCCGAAAACGCGGCCGCGCAGGAUGAGGAGAUGGCCGAUGUGGAUGGCGAGUCCAAGACGGACCAGGCCAUUGAUGGUGAUGCCUCGGGCGAGGGCGACAGCGGCAAGAGCAAGGAGGCUAUCGAGAACGCCGCCCGCCAACACUUAAUCUCCCAGACGCACUCCAUCGUCCUGCCGAGCUACAGCACCUGGUUCGACAUGAACAUCGUUCAUCCCACCGAGCGAAAGGCCCUUCCCGAGUUCUUCAACCAGCGGAACCGGAGCAAGACACCUGCCGUGUACAAGGACUACCGCGACUUCAUGAUUAACACGUACAGGCUGAACCCUGCCGAGUACCUGACCGUUACAGCUUGCAGGCGGAAUCUUGCUGGCGAUGUGUGUGCUAUUAUGAGAGUCCACUCGUUCCUCGAGCAGUGGGGCCUGAUCAACUACCAGGUUGAUCCCGACCACCGGCCGGCGCCUGUUGGCCCGCCCUUCACAGGUCACUUUAAGAUCAUCUGUGACACCCCCCGAGGUCUCCAACCAUGGCAGCCAGCAACAGACCCAAUCCUCACCGACGGCAAGGCGCACGCUGACACGGAUGCCAAGGCCAAAGCCGGCACAGUGCCCAAGAGCGAGUUGAAUCUGGAGCUGGCACGCAACAUAUACGAGGCCGGUGCCAAGGGUGCCAAGCUCAACAAGACUGAGAACAAGACGAACGGCGAUACUCCUACGACUAAUGGCAUCUCAAGCACGUCGGUCGAAGAGCUCACAAAGGCGCCCAUCGCCAAGGUUCAUUGCCAGACCUGUGGAAUCGAUUGUACCAGGAUCUACUACCACAACACAUACGUCGACCCUGCUUCGAACAACAAGAAGAGCUUCGACAUCUGCCCGAGUUGUUUCGUGGAUGGCCGGUUCCCCUCGAACCAGCCAAACAGCAACUUCACGAGGAUGGAGAACCCCACCUACUCUGCUACCCUGGACCGAGACGCGCCGUGGACCGAUGCGGAGCUGCUGCGCUUGUUGGAGGGCCUCGAGAGAUUCGAUGACAACUGGGUCGAAAUUGCGGACCACGUCGGCACACGGACGAAGGAAGAGUGUGUUCUUCAGUUCCUGCAGCUCGAUAUCGAGGACAAGUACCUCGAGGCGGAGAACCCCGUGGGCAUUUCAAUGCUUGGAACCGCGGGUGGUCAGCUACCUUUCAGCCAAGCUGACAAUCCAGUCAUGACUGUUGUGGCCUUCCUCGCCAGUCUUGCGGAUCCUGCCAGCGCGGCCGUGGCCGCUGGCAAGUCUGCAGAGGAGUUGCGGCAGCAGCUGCGGGGCAAGCUCGAAUCGAGCGGUGCUAUCGAAGCUCAGUCUAACGGAAAGGGCAAGGGCAAGGAGACAGAGGGCAACGAGUCGAUGGAGAUCGACAUCCGCCAGGAGACUACCACGACAACCACCACUACCACCAAGACGACAACGACCGCCUUGGCGAACAUCCCCUUGGCCACGAUAGGAGCUCGUGCCGACGCAUUGGCCUCGCACGAGGAACGGGAGAUGACGCGUCUUGUGUCGGCUGCUGUAAACAUCACCCUGCAGAAGAUGGAGCAGAAGAUGAAGUACUUCAAUGAGAUGGAGGCUCUCCUGCAAGAAGAGCGCCGAGAGCUGGAGCGUGCCCGACAACAGCUUUUCCUGGAUCGCCUGGCGUUCAAGAAGCGAGUGCGACGGGUUCAGGACGAGCUGAAGACGGCGGCCGCGAUGGGUGGCGAGCAAGGCGCCAGGCUGGGCCAGGAUGUUGUGAUGGACGGUGACCGACUGAACCUGCAGGCAGCGCCCGUGAUGGGUGGCUUGCAGCCCCUAAGCAGUGGCGGUCCCGUCAAGAGCUACGAGGCGUAG